GGUCCGCGGCGGGGGUGAAAUUUCUCGAAGCGGCGGCGGCGGCGGGGCCCGAGCAUGAACCACAAGAGCAAGAAGCGAAUCCGCGAGGCGAAGCGCAGCGCCCGGCCCGAGCUCAAGGACUCCCUGGACUGGACGCGCCACAACUACUGCGAGACCUUCCCGCUCAGCCCGGCCGCCUGCAAGGACAAUGUGGAGCGGGCGGACGCGCUCCAGCUGUCGGCGGAGGAGUUCGUGGAGCGCUACGAGAAGCCCUACAAGCCCGUGGUGCUGCUGAACGCGCAGGCGGGCUGGUCCGCCCAGGAGAAGUGGACGCUGGAGCGCCUGAAGCGCAAGUACCGCAACCAGAAGUUCAAGUGCGGAGAGGACAACGAUGGCUACUCUGUGAAGAUGAAGAUGAAGUAUUACAUCGAGUACAUGGAGACCACGCGUGACGACAGCCCCCUCUACAUCUUCGACAGCAGUUAUGGUGAGCACCCCAAGCGCAGGAAACUGCUGGAGGACUACAAUGUGCCCAAAUUCUUCACUGACGACCUGUUCAAGUACGCGGGAGAGAAACGCAGGCCGCCUUACAGGUGGUUUGUGAUGGGACCUCCUAGAUCAGGAACAGGAAUUCAUAUUGACCCCUUGGGAACUAGUGCCUGGAAUGCCUUGGUCCAGGGACACAAGCGCUGGUGUCUCUUUCCUACCAGCACACCCAGAGAGCUGAUCAAAGUGACACGAGACGAAGGAGGGAACCAGCAGGAUGAAGCGAUCACUUGGUUCAACAUCAUUUAUCCUAGGACACAGCUCCCCACCUGGCCCCCUGAAUUCAAGCCCCUGGAAAUCUUACAGAAAUCUGGCGAGACUGUCUUUGUGCCAGGUGGCUGGUGGCAUGUGGUUCUCAAUCUUGACACAACCAUUGCCAUCACACAGAACUUUGCCAGCUGUACCAAUUUCCCUGUGGUAUGGCACAAGACAGUAAGGGGGAGGCCCAAACUCUCAAGGAAAUGGUACAGGAUUCUAAAGCAAGAGCAUCCUGAGCUGGCAGUGUUAGCUGAUUCAGUUGACCUACAAGAAUCUACAGGUAUUGCUUCUGAUAGCUCCAGUGACUCUUCCAGUUCCUCUAGCUCCAGCUCCUCGGACUCUGAUUCAGAGUGUGAUUCUGGGUCUGAGACAGAGGGGAUGAUGCAUCGGAGGAAAAAGAGAAGAACCUGCAGCAUGAUGGGUAAUGGUGACACAACCUCUCAAGAUGAUUGUGUGAGCAAAGAACGCAGCUCCUCCAGGAUUAGGGAAUCUUGUGGAGGCCGCACUUACCCUUGAGAGAUAACAAGACCCGUCUAGAGGCAGCUGCUGCUCGGAGCUCCACUGGCAGUCAGCCAGAUCUGUUUCACCCAUUUCAGCUCCUGUCUCCUCCUGAACUGUUUUUAAGUUCUCACUGCUCCUCUCUGAACCACACUUUUCUCUUCUGUUCCAUGCUAUCUGAGGUUCACCCCUUGCUAACUUGUGGGGGAGGACAUUCCCCAACUCUACUGUGCAAUGCUUAGUCUGCUUCUGUGCCCCCCAGAUCAAUGCACUAAAUGAUCAGAGGAUAAACCCAGCUUUUGGUAAGGACGUGCCACGUGUCUGACGGCUCACAGGGUCCGCAAGGAAGUGGAAGAGAUGAGCUUUUAAAGAACUGUUUCUUUUUAAAACCAGCAGGUGAACCCAGGCACCUGCCUUGCUCUGACACUGUCAUAUGUUUACAUGUUGUCCUGCAUACACUUGAGAGGGAUGCAGCGCUUCUGUCCUACGUAGAUAUCCAGCGGAUCUUGUACCAGAGCACUGGAAAGGGCGACAGCUCUACAGACCCUAAGCAUAGGGGAGGACUUCAACUGUGGCAACGACUGCCCCUGAGAAGCACCUUUCUCUGUGUACACAGCACCUAAACCAGCCUGAAAGGUUUCUAAGAUGUGACAUCUUUAACCGGCAGCAAUUCACUUAUGCUUAGUAGCUCCCAUAGCGAAUAUAACAAGAUGCACUAGCACCUUGUCAUGACACUGGGGCUUGAGUGAGUCAAGUGGUUUGUUGCAGGUAAAAGCCAUGGAAAGGCCAUGAUCUGUUAACAGUUACCAAACCCCCUUAGGUCCAGGGGGAUAUUGAUGGUGGUGUUUGUUACUGACGCAUGCAGACUUUUUGAUGGUGACUGUGUAUGUUGGGCUUUAAGUAACAAGCAGUUACAGAACUGGGGGAUGAAUAAAACCAGUGCUGUUCCCCCUAUCUAAGCUCUUUAAGGUUGGAAGCUGCCUACAGUAAGUGUUGCCAUCUCUAGAAGCAACAGGUGAGGGGAAGAACUAUUUUGUCUUAAACUUCUACAAGUACAAUGGGAUGCUUGGGUUUGCCCAGUUGCCAUUGUAUUAUGUUGGGGGCAGCUCUCCUCCCCAGGGGAUCUGUUGGGAUUGCUGUUUACCAAGGGCCUGUGCACUAAAAGCUUUCCCGUAGCCUUGUCCUUGCCAGGGUGGAGAUUUGCUGUGCCAGGGAGAAAUACUCAUCUAUCAAGAACAACAUACCCAAGCCCUGGCUGUUUGUGUUUGCUCCUUCCUGAGCCCUAGCAGAUGACAAACCAGCUUUGUUUCCAUCCUGCUGUUUGGAAGGGAGAGCUUGAAGAGGAAAUGGACUGUUAGAGUCAUGCAGCAAUGUCCAGCUAGAGGCAGAUUGUCAUCCUUAACUGUGAUUUCUGUCUGGGUUGGAUUAAGUGGAAGCCUGCAUGUUGGUUUUUAAUGUCCAUUCCUCUGUGAUUUCCCCUUCCCUCUUUGGGAGACCAGGUUGCAGCAUAUUGUAAGAGUGAAGCCAGCUUGUCUUUGUCAUUAGUACAGACCCUUGUUUCCAAACCACCUAUGUGUCUGUCACUUGUCAGAGGAGCACAGAGUGGUGGCUCAUUGACACAUUGCUGAGCAAAAUCCAAGGGUCGUGCUGGUGACAACACUACAUGUUGAGCAGCCAUGUGAAGGAGGUCCCUUCCUUGAGACCAGCUGAUUCUAUAAGGUGUCAAGACUUCCAGCACCCUUCGCCCAGAUGCCAGUAUUGUGCCCAGCAGAUUGACCCCUGGAGUCUACCUGGUGCAUCUAAUCUUCAUCAGAUGAAGCAAGCUUCAGCUGCUGCCUCUUGAGAAACAAUAUGGGCAUUCAGUGUGGGCAAGCUUGGUGCUAAAGGUGAGGGCAGCCUGGGUCAGCAAGGUCUCUGUGCUGUGCCUUGGGCAGCUCUGCCUGUCCACCAUGCCAGGCUAGUGGUUAGUGCAUGAAGAGUUGGCAGAAGCUGCAGCUAGCUGUUCCCUUUGACAGCGUGGGUACAGCUCUGCCAUUAUGAUAAUGCUAAGAGGUGGAGAAGCCAACCUGCCUCCCAGUGCCAAGGAAGCUCCACCUGUUCUAACAGUAGCAUAAUCUGAAGAUCCAGAGGGCAGGGUGCUUACCCCUUUGUCUACAGACUGUUGAAUGAAGUGAAAAUAAAAGGAAUCAACAUGGAUGUGGGGCCUUCUGUUGACUGGCCCAUGCUGUGACAUUUGAUGCUAGCUACAGGGCAGGUGAAAUCAGCAACUAUAAACCAGCUUCCCUGAUCCAUGUAUUUUCUCAUCUGAAGCUCAGUGUCUCUGCUCAGGCAGCCUGUAGUAGUCUGGGAGUCAGGACUCCUGGGAUCUACAUUAUGCUCUUCCAUUGACAUGUUACCCUGGCCUAGCUGUCCACCUCUGGGUUCUACCUAUAAAAAGGAGAGAAGACCUACCUCACAGGGGUGUUGUGAGGCUAUGUGUAGCUAAUGUCUGUAAGACCCAAAGAUUCUUAUGCAAAAGUUGUUGAAAAUGACAGGACUGUUGAAGGAUCCCAGCCUAUUUUAAGAUAGAAACUGCUUUUCAAAUGGGCACUAACUCCUGUUCCAUAUAGAAGGUCACUUGAAACUGCUGGAUUAUUAUAAUCCUGGUUUUACUGUUUUACAUACUGUGACCAGAGAGGAGAAAUUUCUCAGAUCAGGCAGUGCUUUCCUAUCCCAGUCUGACAGAACAGAUCAUAUUCCAAGUCUCCUCUACCCCUGCUGCAAGCUGGAGAGACUGGUGGGUAACCAUCUUAUCAAGCCCCUCUCUGCAGAUCCUGUUUGUUAACAGGUGCAUGUUUCUUGGUGUCUGUUCUGUACACAAGGCACAGUGGGAGCUAGUGGCUCUCUGGAAGGAAGUGCUGGCUUCCCUUCCUCUCCUCUUGCCCUUCAGUAGACUAAUGCCAAUUUGUGUUCUGAAUUACUUCAAGUCUCCUCAGCUGCUUACUAGAGACAUCAGCAUCUGUCAUGUUCCAUGUAGGUCCUUUUUCCUCCCUGUAUCCUCCACCAUUGUGAGGAAAGAGGUUAGACUCCAGGUGAGAGCUCCCUGUUUUCCUCGAGGGUCGGGAGGGAAAUGGAGUCCACUGCUCCAUUGGCCAGUCACUGCCACCCCAGCCCUGCAUUAGCUGCUCUUAUCCCUUCAUCCAGCAGAGCUGGAAUGCUCUUAAUUGUUUUAUUUGGAUGAUUGAUUGUGUUUGCUUUUUAUUUUAAAUAAAAUCAAUUAUUUUGCAUUA